UUAAUCCCAAUUUGUCCUUAUUUAUCUGUUUACCCUCUCUCUCCUCUCCUCUCCUCUCUUUCUCUCUCUCUCCUUUUGGCAACGCCUCCAUAUUAUUCUUUCAACUAUCUCGCCUCCUUGCUCAAUACUGGCUUUCUUUUUCAUAUUUUCUUGUCUACAGCCUACACAAACCUCACCUUUCCCUUGCUGCAGUUGUAGUAGGAGCAGAAGCUGUUCUCUAUAUCUCCCUCCCACAGAUCGCUACCACCAGAGACAAUAGUUGUCCUGCCUGAUCAUGUGCUAGCUCCUACAAUUCUUUGAUCCACUGCCAAGGGGACAAGAACUACUCAUCUCUUGUUCGUUUGCCUGUUUUUCCACCCAUAUUUUAUCUCCUUCUUUUCCCAUUUGCGAUCUUGUUGAAUAGCAGUGGAUCUUGUUGGAACAAACAAGCGGCAACAAGGGGAGAGAAAUUGUCCCAAUUAUUUUCUUUGCCCCUUCUUCAUCAGAUCUAUACCAUCCUCUCUGCUAGCUGACCCCAAAGAGCUCUCUUCGAUUCGCAUAUACAGAUCGCCGACAAGGCAAUGGCAUCCCCGUCCAGCACCGGCAACUCCGCAGUCUCUGUGGUUGUCGCGGCGCCGACCACACCUGGGGCGGGGGCGCCGUGCGCGGCGUGCAAGUUCCUGCGGCGCAAGUGCCUCCCCGGCUGCGUGUUCGCGCCCUACUUCCCGCCCGAGGAACCGCAGAAGUUUGCCAACGUCCACAAGGUGUUCGGGGCCAGCAACGUGACCAAGCUACUCAACGAGCUGCCGCCGCACCAGAGGGAGGACGCCGUGAGCUCGCUCGCCUACGAGGCGGAGGCCCGCGUCAAGGACCCCGUCUACGGCUGCGUCGGCGCCAUCUCCGUGCUCCAGCGCCAGGUCCACCGCCUCCAGAAGGAGCUCGACGCCGCGCACACCGAGCUCCUCCGCUACGCCUGCGGCGAGCUCGGCGCCAUCCCCACCGCGCUGCCCGUUGUCACCGCCGGCGCCCCCACCAGCGCCAGGCUCGCAGCCGCUGCAAUGCCAUGCCCCAGCCAGCUCGCCGCGAGCAUGUACGGCGGUGGCGGCCUCCGGAGGCUCGGGCUGGUCGACGCGAUGGUGUCGCAGCCACCUCCUGCCGCCGGUUGCUACUACAAUAUGCGGAACAGCAACAACGUCGGUGGCAGCAUCGGCGCUGACGUCGCGCCCGUGCAGAUCCCAUACGCCUCCAUGGCUAAUUGGGCGGUGAACGCCAUUAGCGCCACCACCACCACCUCAGGAUCAGAGAGCAUCGGGAUGGAUCAUCACAAGGAGGGAGGAGACAGCAGCAUGUGAACCGACUCGCCCAACCAACAUGCAUGUGGAUUAAUCCUACACUUUAAGAUGUGGAGAGAAAGACAUGGGCUUUGGCCUUAAUCUUGAAGGAAGGAAGCUUCGAGGAGAUCGAUGCAUGGGAUCGAGCUAGCUCAUUCUCAGGUUAAUUAAGAGCUAAGAAGCAAUCUAUCUAUGAAUCUAUCUAUAUAUAGCCAACAUGAAUUAUAUAUUUCAGUGUCCCCUUUUGCAUGUUGUGCAAACCAUACUUUGGGUGACUUUGGAAUACUAUAUGUAAUCGAAUCGAGAUCUAGCUUGAUCUCGCCUCUUUUCAUGAUUAA